AUGAGACUUCACAGUGAGAUAGUGAGUUUUAAGCAAAGGCCAGAUAAGAAUCUUUAUCAUGCUUGGGAAUGGUUCAAGGACCUUCUUCAGGAUUUUCCUCAUCAGCAACAAUCCAAUGAGAGUAUUCCCAAGUACGCAAAGUACUUAAGGGAUAAUAAGGUGAAAUUGCAGGAUGUGGGAGCUAUAACACUUACUGAAGUGUGUAGUGCUGUUAUGACACAGAAAAUCCCCAAGAAAUUGAGAGAUCAGGAGGGAAAGCCGAGACCGACCACCGUGGUGUUACAGCUGGCAGACGGUUCAUUUACACAUCCAGAUGGAAUAACUGAGGAUGUAUUCAUAAAGGUACCAAUCAUCUUGGGGCGUCCAUGCUUAAAAACUGGAGGGGCCUUGAUUGAUGUUAGAGAAGGAAUACUUAAAAUGAGGGUAGAAGAUGAAGAGAUGGUAUUUGAUAUUUAUAAAAAUCCCACCAUAGAUGGGGAUAAGUGUGGGGUGCUUAAGCCACUAAAGACCUCUUCAGACUACCGGAUUGAGCAGCCUAAGAUGAAACCACUGCUUCCCAACAUGAUGAAGGUUGAAGUUGAUAAAGAUUUGGACCUUCAUCAAAAGGAGAUGAGUGUAUUUUCGAUCGUUGAUGUGUAUUAUGAAGAUGACAAGGUAUCGAUUGAGGAGAAAUUUGGCAUGGAAACAUUGACUACUGUGUUGAUGAAAUUCGAUAGUGAAGGUAUCGAAGAAUAUGAGGAGAUGAUAUGUGCGCUGACAGGAAUGGGAUCAUAUUCAUAUUCUCCUAAGAAGCUCGAUUUGGACCUCAAAAAUCAUCCAACACCACCGGCUAAGCCAUCUAUUAAAGAUCCACCAGUGUUGGAGCUAAAAGAGCUGUUGGGCUAUCUAUGGUAUGUAUUUCUAGGCAGUGGAAACACCUUACCUGUGAUUAUUGAAGAAAACUUGGAUGAGCAACAAGUUGAGUCCCUUAUAUCUGCUUAG